AGUGGAAAAUCCUCAAGAAGUUAUAGAUGAACGUUCCGGAACCAAUAUGUUAAAGUUUCGUAGUAUAGUCGAUGUCUUAUUAUGGAGAUGUCAAGCGUCGCCAGAAGAAGAAGCUUACAAAACAAUAGAUAAAACCGGAAAAGAAAUUAAAGCUCUUACAUGGAAAAAACUAUCAAACAAAAUUGCCACAAUAGCAAAUUAUUUACAGAAAAAAGGUUGCAAAGCAGGUGAUCAUGCAGUAUUAAUAUUUCAGCACGGAUUAGAUUUCCUUGCCAGCGUUUAUGCAUGUAUGAUACUUGGUAUUGUGGCAAUACCUAUGAAUAAAAUAGAGAAUGAAAGAAUUAAUGAAGAUAUUCCUUCGUUAUGCGGAAUAAUUGAUGAUUUUAAAGUUUCGUAUAUUUUGGUUAAUGCGGAAUCAGAAUCCAUAUUUAAAGGAAGGACAAUACAAAAUCUUCUUAAAGGGAACGCACAAAGUAAAUCUUCAAGUGGAUCAACAGGCAGUAGUGCAGGAUCAGUUAAUGGUUUACCACCAUUAAUUAAUGUAUCAAAGGCACCAGCGUUUAAAAAAACAUUGAAAGAAGCUAAUUAUUCAAUGCAAGAAGACUGGUUAAAUCAAAAUUGGGCAGCGAUAGUGAUGUGUUAUUUUAGUGCAGAUCAACGAAGAUAUUGUGUUAGAUUUGGACAUGAUAAUUUGUUGUCACUGUGUAAAGUACAAAAAGAAACCUGUCGAUUAACCAGCAAUCGAGCCUUAUUAAGUAGUGUUAGGAGUUUUAUGGGAAUUGGUUUUGUUCAUACAUUCCUGAUAGGAAUAUAUCUUGUUAAAGACACAUACGCCACAUUUCCAAUGUUACAACAUGCGAUGACAGCAUUUGAAAAUCUUGAUUAUAGAAGUUUUUCGCUCCAACAUUUAAAAAAUCUUAUGAUACCUAUUGAAACUAGACCAGAUCCCAAUUUAUCCAAUCCGAUGAUAACAGCAAGAUCAUAUAUGUGCAUUGAACCCGUUGAAUUAUAUUUGGAUUUAAAAAGUUUAAGACGAGGAAUUGUUAAAAUUGUUAAUCCUGAUGAACCUUUUGGAAUCUUGUUACACGACAGUGGAAUCGUUCCAGUAUCAACCCAAGUAGCGAUAGUUCAUCCUGAAACACGGCGUCCGUGCCAUACUAAUGAACUUGGUGAAAUUUGGAUAUCAUCAGAUGCCAAUGCAAAAUCAUCUUAUGGUUCAAGUGAUCCUUUAGAACGAGCCAAAUUUUCUGCGACUAUCGAAGGCGGAGUUGACCAAAGACUAUAUUUAAGAACGGGAGAUUUGGGAUUUUUGCACACAGUCCGUAGGCCUGUUAGAGAUAAUGGUGCAUUGGUGGAAUUUCAAUGCCUGUUCGUUUUAGGACCAAUUGCAGAAACUUUUGAAGUUAAUGGACUAAUGCAUUUCCCUAUUGAUAUUGAGUUUACUGUUGAACGGUGUCAUAGUUUGAGUUCUCCUGGUUUGAUUCCACCCCAUGGAUGCGUGGUAUUCCAAGCUAAUGGCGAUACAGUUUGUACAGUUGAAGUUCGAUCCGUUGAAGGAAUUUUGAAUUUGGUUCCUUGUAUAAUAAGUUCUAUAUUGGAUGAACAUCAAUUCAUCAUAGAUGUAAUAGUAUUUAUUAGUAAUGGUACCUUACCUAAAUCACGGUUAGGAGAAAAGCAACGAGCAAAAGUUAUGGAUGGCUGGUUACGCGGAACUCUACAAGCACUUCAUGUUCAUUAUGUAAAGCCAUUAAAGGCCCGACCAAAAAUUAUUCCCAAAUUUCCACAAUCAAAAUCAUCUAAUUCAUAA